AUGGCAACAGGCGAACCCGCCGGCGGCGACCAGGAAUAUCGAGAUGAAAACGGCGGUGAAGUGGUAUCUUCGUCAAUGGAGCGAGAGGAGGGAGACUCACCAAUUCGAGAGGACGAAGGAGAUUACGACGAGGACGGCACCGGCCACGAUGGCGCGUCAGCCCAACUUCCUUUCGAGCCGAAGGCGCCCGAACGAUCACCCGCGCCGGCGAUUUUCAAAGCCUGGCAGCAAGACAAGUACGGAACUAUGAUGAUGCAGGCGGUGUUGCAAGACGACGCGGAGUCGUUGACCUGGAUGCUCAAACACAACCUCGUCGAUCUCGCCGCCACGGAUGACCUGGGAAACACGGCGGCACACCUCGGGGUUUUCCAUGAUUUUCCUAGGUUGGUGGACGGGACGGAGCUUAUUGACCUGGGUUACGACAUGUCUCCACCCUGCGACCGCUUCGGCCGGACACCCGAGACUGUCGCGGAACGUCACGACCAAGGAGGGGUUAGAUCCCUCAUUCGCCGCAGUUUGGCGCUCCUUGACGUUCAGCGCUUGACACGCGGUUUCCUAGGCCGCCAGAAGGCGAAGCGGAUAAAGGCCGCGUGGGCGAGGGGCGCGAAUAAGGAGGCCGAGAGAACCCUACUCGCUGGUGGUGGCGGCGACGACGACGGGGAGGUAGGGGUGGAAGCAGGCGGUGUGGGCGAAGAAGAUGGUGGACAGGGUGCGGAGCUGGAAGCAGUAGGCGGUGCCGAUGACGCGACCGCAGGCGGCGGCCCCUCCGUUGCCUUGUAG